AUGGCGUGUGGCCACCCACCUUCCUUACAAGCUGAGGGUGGUCACACAGGAACCCUAUUGCAUUCAGCACUCACAGCUGCACCACGUCCGCAGCCUACCAACCCUGAGCCAGACGAGAGCACACUGCGCAGCAGCCAUGAGGAUGUUGACAUACUCCCCGAGAGCUGUGUCUUGUGUGAGGCUUUCUACACAAGCUUUGUUCAGUUGUCAGAGGUGGGAGUAGAAUCACUGGAGCAUGCCACAAGGCACCAAAGUGACAGCUCGUUAUGGCACAUGGCAAGGCGGCUUCGGAUAACUGCAUCCACUGCGAGUGUCAUCCCCAAACUAGCCAAAACAUCUACUGAAAACGCGUCGCAGACGCUAGUAAAUCCGCAAUUCCGUGGAAAUGCAGCAACCGCACACGGCAUCAAGAAUGAACCAGUGGCACGUAAAAAAUUCAUUGAGGUCACGGGCCUGACUGUUGGCUCCUCGGGAACUGUGGUGUGUCAAGGUCGCCCUUGGUUAUCAGCCUCACCGGAUGGCCUCAUUACGAGCCAUAAUGCCAUCUUAGAAAUUAAGUGCCCCAACGUUCUUAACUGCAAAGAAUACAUUGCACGUGGAGGUUACGAUGUAAGGAUCAAGGAUGGCAUAUAUUUCCUUCCCAAAACUACCGGCUUCUACAGUCAAGUGCAGUUGUGCAUGCUGUGCACAGAAACCAAACUCUGCUUUCUCUAUGUCUGGUCUGCAGAGGAGGAAGUUUCUUUACUAGUGAAGUUUGAUGAAGCAUUUCUGAAUGAGAACUUGGCAAGACUCGAGCGCUUCUAUUUCUGCCAAAUGUUGCCCGAGCUGGAGAGAAGGUGCAGGGAGGGAAUCAUUGUAAUUUCCAGUGAGUACAGGCAACUAUGUGCUAUGUAA